ACUACGAUCGAACUUUCUCAACCUCAACUUCGACUGCUCAUCUUCUUCUAGUGGAAGAGUGGCGCUCGUGCGGCUGAGACGGCUGCUAAAAUAUGCAACGUGUUUGGCAGGGAUGCCGUCACCGAUCACACCGUUCGCUAUUGGUUCGCUCGCUUCGCUUCUGGAUGUACGAGCCUGGAUGACAACGACCGCUCAUUGUGAGCCACCGUGAGGGAGAAGCCGGAUCAAACUACACGUGAAUUGGCAACAAAGCUCCAAUGUAGUAACCACGCUAUCAGCAACCACUCUUACUGGCUCGGCUACAGAAGAGUGCUGGCGAGAUGGAUGCAGACGCGCGAGACGAUAUGUCAGUCUCUCCUCCUCACUCAACAGAUUAAAGAUUUUUUGGCGAACUUAGUUACCGGAGACGAGAGCUGGCUACUCUAUAAUAACGCCACCCAUUGUUCUCCGCCUGUGCAGCCAAAGCUGGAGCUCCAUGAGAAGAAGUGUUUGCUGUGCUGCUUCUGGGACGCGAAGGGUAUUCUGUUUUUCGAGUUGCUUCCGCAAGACAGACCAAUCACGCCUUCCACCUACUCUGAUCAGCUGGAUUCCCUUGCUCUCGCAGUCCAAGAAAAUCACCCUAGACACUCUGCGGUCCACCUUCUUCACAACAACGCGCGCCCUCAUGUGGCAAAGGACACCCAGGCCAAGUUGCAGGAGUUCGGCUGAAUCACAGUUUUCCAUCCAUUGUACGCGCCGGACAUUGCACCUUCGGAUUAUCAUCUUUCCGCCCGCUCAAGAUGUUCCUUAGAGAUCAGAAGUUCGGAAAGUUCGAGGACCUCAAAAAAGCAGUGUCCGACUUCUUCGACUCGCGCUCGCCCGCGUUCUGGAAGAAGAGGGUGGCUCACAGUUGUGAAUAAUAAUGAUGAUCAUAUGGUUGAUUGA